AUGGCAUCUACACUUGCGACGUUAUGUCUCCACGAAAUAAUCAAAUACUUUUACGUAUCAGAAGGAGAAGGAUGCGCUAACAACGAACUCAAUAAGAACAGACAACUUUUUCGUUUUGCGUUAGUGAACCGUCAUUGGUGUGAUACAGCAAUUCCAUUAUUAUGGAGACGACCGUUUCCCUUAAUCUCAGCAAAUACUAACACACAACCAUUAUUUCAUUAUAACAUUUUUAUUAAACAAUUAUCUUUGAGAUCUUUGUCAACAGCAAUUAUUGAUUGGCAAAAAUCUAAACGUUAUCACAAUCAACAAGAAUCGCGAAAGAAUGACGCACCGGCGGCGGAAAGUCAUUUCGAAGCAUUUAAAGCCAUUUGCCAUAAUUUGAUUGAUAGUCCAGCAAAUAUUUUCUUUGAAAUCACAAUCGACUACAAUUAUAAUAUAUUCCAAAUAAUAAAUUCUAAAGCAUCGUUAGGACAAUUACAUUCUUUAAAAAUCUCCUUGAUCUAUGAUGCGGAACUUCUAAAAAUUUCCACAAUCACACAUUUCGGAAGAGCAUUAGAAAUUAUUUUGGAAGCUAUACAAGAUUCAAAUUUGGACGUUGGAAUACAACAAAUUGAUGCUCCUAUGACAAGCAAUCAGUCCGUACGAAAUGUAUUGGCAGGAAAAUUUUUACCAUCCUCCCAAUCUUAA